GUGGUUUUAUUUUACCUUGUCUGGGGAUGGCCGAGAUUUUUAAAAAAAUUAAUAACCCAUCUCUCUUUUGCGCAUGAUUAAAAUGUUCUCCAGUCUCUAAUUUUUGUCGUUUUCCUGAUCUAAUUUGUUUUCCGAGUGUGUCGAUUUUUCUACUAGGCACAAAGCAAGAGGGGGAUUUUUCUUUCUUCAGUGUGGUUGGGAUCCGACUGUCCAGGACUAGUUUAAAUUACCUUGUUUUCUCCUUGGUUAAAUACAGUGUAAAUGGAAUUGUUGGAGGGCCUUAAUGACCCAAACCUGAAAAACAACAGUGGCAAAAAUCUUCAAGGCAUCUCCUACUUCCACAGUUAAAAAAAAAAAAAAAAAAUUAGUGAUCGACGGCGUGAGGGCCCAGGAAUUGGCAGGGCAGAGCGUUAGGUGCGGCCGGGAGGACGGGUCUCACCGGCUGCCUUCCCGAGGUCCACCUGCCCAGGGUGGAAUCUGCCAGACGGUGUUUGAGCCCAGUACAUAUAAAUGCAAACUGCAUUUUCCAAUGAGAGAAAAAAAUAAAAUAAAAAUCCCAGCAUCGCCAGUGCGAUCUCUGCAGAUGGCGGGAUUGACGGAACCCCGGGACUCCUGAGGUCUGCCGGGCAGAGGGCGGUGAGGCCUGGGGCUGGGGAGGGAAGGAUUAUUUUCAAGGGAUCCCCCUGGCCCCACCGCCACCGGCAGCCCCUGAGCUGAGUCUGUCUGCAGGUCUGGUGGGGGGCCGGGCGGCGGCGGCGGCGGCGGUGGCAGCGGGAGAUGCCCAGGCGGCCCGCGGAGGUCCAUGUGGCGCUCUAGGUGGGAUGCCGGCGUCCUGAAGGCCGAGGCGCUGGCCCUCCUGCCCUGCGGCCUGGGCAUGGCCUUCUCCCAGUCGCACGUGAUGGCCGCCCGGCGGCACCAGCACGGCCGGCUCAUCAUCGAGGUGGACGAGUACAGCUCCAACCCCACCCAGGCCUUCACCUUCUACAACAUCAACCAGGGCCGCUUCCAGCCGCCGCACGUGCAGAUGGUGGACCCGGUGCCUCAUGAUGCCCCCAAGCCACCUGGCUACACACGCUUCGUCUGCGUCUCUGACACCCACUCGAGGACAGACCCCAUCCAGAUGCCCUACGGUGACGUGCUGAUCCACGCGGGGGACUUCACGGAGCUGGGGCUCCCAAGCGAGGUGAAGAAGUUCAACGAGUGGCUGGGCAGCCUGCCCUAUGAGUAUAAGGUGGUGAUCGCCGGCAACCACGAGCUCACCUUCGACCAGGAGUUCAUGGCCGACCUCAUCAAGCAGGACUUUUACUACUUCCCGUCCGUGUCCAAGCUGAAGCCCGAGAACUACGAGAACGUGCAGUCGCUGCUGACCAACUGCAUCUACCUGCAAGACGCCGAGGUCACCGUACGGGGCUUCCGGAUCUAUGGCUCCCCAUGGCAGCCCUGGUUUUACGGCUGGGGCUUUAACCUCCCACGAGGCCAAGCCCUGUUGGAGAAGUGGAACCUCAUUCCUGAUGGUGUUGACAUCCUGGUCACCCAUGGACCGCCGCUGGGCUUCCUGGACUGGGUCCCCAAGAAGAUGCAGCGGGUGGGCUGCGUGGAGCUGCUCAACACGGUGCAGAGGCGCGUCCAGCCGCGGCUGCACGUCUUCGGUCACAUCCACGAAGGGUACGGUGUCAUGGCGGAUGGGACGACCACCUACGUGAACGCGUCCGUGUGCACUGUGAACUACCAGCCCGUGAACCCGCCCAUAGUCAUCGACCUCCCCACGCCCCGGAGCUCCUGACUGCGCCCCGCGCCCCCUGCCUGCCGCAGCAGCCUUGCGCGCCUGGCCAGCUCGGUCCCCAGCCGAGUGCCCUUCCGCCAGAGCAGCCUGACCACUCAUCUGGCCAUGGGGACCAGCCCUGCCCGGGGUCCAGGCCUUGGAAUAGAGGAAAUCACUGACUGUCACCUCUGCCACCUGCAGCCAGGACUGCGCGGCCACCAGCGGUGCUGGCCCCACUCCCUUCUGCCUGUACCUCCCUGGACGCCUGGUUGAGGGACCAGCUUGGGAAAUGACUGGAUUGUCCUUUGGCCCAGCUGACGCCCUCCUCCCGGGUUUAGGAAGCCACUGCUCUUGGAAGGUUCUGGAAGUUCUCGCACGAAGUGCUCCUCUGCCUGAGGGUCCGUGGGGCUGUGGGCCCCAGGGUGGGGUGGGCGGGAGGUUUUGUAGCCUGGGUGUGGACAGCCCUUCUUCUGCCGGGCUGGGAGUUGCCGGCUGGUGGCCGAGGCUCCGAGGAGUGCUCAGGGACCUCUCAGGAAUUCGGAGCACACCUCGGGAGGCCGGCGGUGACCUUGCUUCUGCCUCUCCUCCUCUUUUUUGCUGUCUUGAACUAGAGCCUGAGUGUCCCAGGCGUUUGCUUAGAGCCUGGAUUUUGGGGUUGGUGAGUGCCCAGGAGCCCGGUGGAGGGGCCCCUUGGUGGUGGGAUGAUGCUUGUUCCCGGGGGGACUUCCGGUCUGCGGAACACAGCAGGCCAGGCUGUGGCACCUGCCGGGCGCCUGCUCGUGCCCCUUCCAGCGCGCACGCGCCCUCUGAUUCAGUGAUGCGUGCUGUGUCCCUCGUCCUGCGGAGCGAGUCUCUGCAGCACCGGGGCUCUGUGUGGCUGGCCCAUGGCUGAGGACCCCCAGAGUGCUCAAGUCCUCCUGAAGUCCACCAGCGGCCCAUUAGGGACAUGGCGCCUGGGCCGAGUGGGCCCUGGGCUCCGCAGCUGCACUGGGGCAGCCGCCCUUCUUUGAUCUGGGACGGGGCGUGUAGGGACAGGCCACGGGAGAGGGGCUGCGGGGCUGGGGAGGGAGCAGGUCUGGCAGCUGGAGGGUCUUUAUUUACAGCGUGACUAUUUCGUUCAUUACGGGGUAUGUUUUACAUUCUUUUUGAUUUUUAAGAUUACAUUAAAAUCUGUCCUGAUUACUGAUUUUUUUUCUAGUGCUGAGGAUUGAACCAGGGGUGCUCCACCCUGCAUCCCAGUUGUUUUUAGUUUUUAUUUUGAGACAGGAUCUAGCUGAGUUUCCCAGUCUGGCCUUGAACUUGAUGAUCUCCCGCCUCGGCCUCCUGAGUCGCUGGGAUCACAGGCGUGGCCUCUGCACCAGCUCAUUCCCUGGGGUUUGCUCCCCUUCACGUUCUGGGGCUAAGGGGAGGGCCUGGCUCCCCGGCCCUGGUCCCAGCCUGGGAACCAGAUUCCCACGAGCCCUUUUGCAGAUACAAGCUCAUUUCAUCCUCAGAUGGUCCUGUGAGGUUUGCUUGUGGUUCCCAGUUAGAGAUGAGGCAAUUGAGGCCAGAGAGGCGAGGUAACUUGCCUGAAGGCACACAGCACAAAGGGGUAGAGGCAGGAUCUGAACCCUGCUCUCUGGCUCCACAGCCCUCACUUCACCACCCCCAAAGCCCCCUCCCCUUCAGAGCAGUGCAUGGUCCAAGGCUCUGUUUUGUUUUGGGAGGGUCCCGUUGAAAACCAGCUCUGGUUCAUUUCCCACUGAGAGCCCCUCGAACUUCGAGGAAUCCUGAUCUCUGAGCCCAGCGUCCCUGCAUCCCCACAUCCUGGAGGCUGUGAGUCCUCUGACUUGUGAGUGAGCCGGGCUCACCACAGGGCAGGCUGCGUUCCCAGGAGCCUGGCAGGCCGUGUCGGCUGGUGGCCGUGCUGUGGGCCGCGGGGCUGCAGGACUCCGUGUGGCUGCGGUGUUUGCUGGUGGCCAGGGGUGUUUACAAGGUCUCUCGGUGCCUCCGUUGUGUGGCGUGUGCGGGUAGGAAAACACAAGGCCCUUUCCAUGUCACCUCUGCUCAGUUUCUAUGCGGACCAAGAACUAUAAACUUAAAAAAAUGUUUUUCCUAACGUAUCUUCAGAAUAUGGUGUAUUUUUAUGUGGAAAAGAAAAGUUAUGACGGCAGCUGUUCCUUUAAGAGAAAAUUCAUUCAACUCCUUGCAGGAUGACGGUGACGUGUGCUCCUCAAUCAUUUUGGCAUAGCUCGAUUGUGGCUGUAAUUUUUUUUUGUCAAGCAUGUCCGACAAUA